GACUUAAAUCAUGUAUUAACCACUCGUAGCUUGAACAUUGAAGAAAGCAGGUUGGUGUCAACGAAAAUGGAGUCAUUCAAUAUAUGAAUUAUGACUUAUAUGAUGAUAACGGCUUUGUAGCAAAUGAACCUCUCGUAGCGUUUACAGUUACAUCCUAUCCUAAUUGUUACAACCAAGAAGCGUGGAAUUAUAGGUGCUUUAAUGUUAUCACUGAUACUCACUCGAACUCCUGGUUUCGCGCACCAGGAACUUUAGAGGCCAUAUCUAGUACAGAGGAAGUUAUGGAGAGAAUAUCCUAUGAGCUUGGUAUGGACCCCUUGCAAGUUCGCUUGAAUAACUUGGACAGAACAAAGUACAGUGAUUUUGACGAAAUGGUUAAUACUCUUAUAGCAGAUUCUGAUUACAAUGAAAGAAGAAUUGCUGUGAAUCAAUUUAAUGAAGAAAACCGAUGGAAGAAACGUGGUUUGAGGUUUACACUUAUGAAAUGGUCAAGUUCAACCCCACUGUUCCUAAAUAUUACAAUGUCAGUUUUCCAUGCGGAUGGCUCUGUUGCUAUAACUCACGGCGGCAUAGAAAUGGGUCAAGGAAUAAAUACCAAAGCGAUACAAGUGUGUGCAUACUUUCUUAAGAUACCACUUAACAAAAUUUUUAUCAAACCAAACACUACGUUUUUAAAUCCAAACAACUACCCUACAGCUGCCAGUCUGGGGUCACAGAAUGUACAAAUAGGCGUGCAGAGGUGUUGCGAACAAUUGUUAGCAAGACUGGACCCGAUAAAGGAAACAAUGACUAAUCCAACAUGGGAAGAGCUUAUUGCCAAAGCGUUUCUGCAAGGGGUCAACUUACAGGCUAAUGCAUUUACAGAUGCAAGUGAUAUACAUAAUUUCGAUGUUUACGGUGUGACUCUAGCCGAAGUUGAAGUUGAUGUCUUAACAGGGCAAUUUCAGAUCAUAAGAGUUGAUUUAUUAGAAGACGUAGGUCGUAGUGUGAAUCCAGACAUUGAUAUAGGACAGGUCGAAGGAGCUUUUAUAAUGGGUGUUGGAUAUUUCACAAGUGAAGAGACUGUGUUUGACCGUAACACAGGAGAAUUACUGACGGAUAGAACUUGGAACUAUUUUGUACCAGGAGGAACAGAUAUCCCACAGGACUUGAGGAUUUAUUUCAGGAAAAAAUCAUACUCCAAUGAUGCAAUCUUAGGGUCAAAAUUAACAUCAGAGCCGGCAACAUGUAUGGGAGUGGUUAUACCAUUUGCUUUGCGAGAAGCAAUUACUUCGUCAAGGCUGGAAUCUGGUUUUCCCUCAAAAAAUUGGUUUAAUAUAGAUGGCCCAUAUACUGUUGAGAAGAUCGGUUUGGCUUGUGAGACUAAACUGGAGGAAUUUAAAUUCUAUUAACAACAAUUCAAUUAAUGAAGCCUUUUGUUUAAUAAUUAAGAAGCUUGCAAACAAAAUGGUUCAAUUGUACGAAAUAAAAUUUUACAGUAGAGCAAAAACUAAAUGAAUGGUUUUGAAACUUUACUGUAAUUGUAACGUUUUGAUUGAAAUCAUGGGACUCAAUAUAAGCUCGGUUUUAGGCCGUCUUGCUUGGAAAUGAGUUUGAGUUCGCAAUUAGUGAUCAGAGUUAUAAGCUUUCAAUUCAAUUCCAGUAUAGAUUUUAGACCGUGUUUUUUGGAAAUGAGCUUAGAUUUGUAUUUAGUGGGCUAAAAACGUCCGGAUCAAAGAAAAAAAAUAUUUUGAUCAAAAUGUAAUUACACCGUUUUG